UCUAUGAAUCAUAAAAUUAGUUUUGUUAUUCCACGUGAAGACGUAGCUGUCAAACCAGCAUGACACAAACGGAUUUGCCAUUGAUUAGUGUUUGUUAUCUGAUAACGUGAUAGCGAUCGAUGCUUAUCGCCGAUUGAUGAGUAGUUGACGUUCAUCCCGAACAAAUCAAUUCGCGUAUUAGGGAGAAAUGGAGAUUGUGGACGAGGACGUGUGCAUCAGAUCAGAAGUCUCCGAGGGCUCUUCUGCCUGGAGCGAAGGUCAAGUGGCUCAACGAGGCGGUGCAGCAACUCGACGAGCCUCGGCCCAACGUUAUCAGUCAAGACACACCCGGCAUUUGCCGUCCAGGGCAAUAGCUGUUCUGGGAAAGGCCAGUAAUGCCACCUUGAAGCUUGUCAACCCCCAGGAUGUGUCGCCUUCGCCGAUUGGCAGCAGAUCCCAGAUCGAGGACAAUGCUGAGACCAUUGCGAGUCAUCUCGAGAUGCAGGAGGACCUCAUGCAGAAUGAUCCCGUGUCUGAGAUGAGGAGGUUGGAGGCUCUGAGGGACAUGCCCCAGUGUCUCACUGUCAAGAGGUCCAUCAGAGCCAAAUUGACUCGGUCGAUCAAUCUCAAACCGACCAGGAGGGUCCUCAGCAGGUGGAAGAGGAUGAAAUACACUAUGAGUAUUUUUUUUAUGAAGCUAUUUAUUGCGAUGAGGGAAGUCUCAUCAACUAUUGAGCUGUGGUACGGUGCAAUUAAGUCAAUCGAGGGACAUUUUGGCAGUGGAGUUGCCACAUAUUUCAAAUUUCUGCGGUGGUUGCUCAUUUUGAAUGUAAUCAAUUGUGUUCUUAGUAUGUUUUUUAUUGUUCUCCCUCAGUCAUUGUUCGCUACGUAUGGAGAUUCAACAUUUAAUUUCGGGGAUUUUUUCAUCGGAAAUGGUUUCAUGGAGGAAACUAUUUUUUACUAUGGUUUUUACACAAAUCUUACAAUUGAAGCAAUACCUGGACUUCAGUAUAAUAUACCAUCGGCCUAUAUUUUAACCAUGAUUUUCUGUUACAUUUUUACGUUUAUCCUUCUGUCUGUGAAGGUUGCUCGAUCCUACCGAAAAUGUUAUAUUGAAACAUCCGGUGGAAUUCACAAUUUAUACGCAACGAAAAUAUUCUGUGGAUGGGACUACAGCAUUGCUUCAUUGAAGGCAGCAAAUCGUUGUCACCAAUCCAUCUACAGAGAGCUCAAGGAGCUUCUAGCCGAGUCCAUCACCAAGAAGAAUUCAAACUUCGUGAAACGACUGACGGCUUUAUCUAUUCAAUUCUCAAUGACAGCAGGGGUACUGGGUGCCAUGGGAGGCACGAGUUAUCUUCUUGGUUACCUCCUGCAAAAUCAUAAACCUCAUAGUAAGGAUUCUGCCUCACUGCUUAUAGUACCUCUUGUGGUUACUGGGAUCAUGAAUAUUUUUCCUGUGAUUAUUUCACAGUUGGUAAAAUUAGAACGUUACAGUUCGAAACGUAAAUCCCUCUUCGUCAACAUGAUAAGAACCUACACAAUGACAGUAGUGAUCAUAGGAACAUUGCUGGCAUAUUGGCUGACACGAAGCAUGUACUACUGCUGGCAGACUGAGCUCGCCCAAGAGAUCUAUCGUCUAAUAAUCUUCGACUUUCUAGUCUUCACCCUGGGGAGUUUCAUCAUGGAGUCCCUCAGAUAUCAGUUGUCCACUUUCUGGAGUGAAGUUUCUGCCCCGAAAUUCGACAUUGCCUUGAACACCCUGAACCUCAUCUACAACCAAAUUUUAUUCUGGGUUGCGUUCUACUUCAGUCCACCUUUGUCGUUGGUCAUGGUUGUCAAGAUGAUUUUGACGUUUUAUAUAAAGAAAUUUGGACUUAUGAGGCAUUGCGAACCACCCUCGACCCCCUGGAGAGCUGCCCAGACUCACACGUUGUUCUUGGCACUGGCGUUCUUGGGGAUGACUGGUACCCUCACUGCUCUGGGAUACGUCAUCACCAGUGUGGAGAGCAACAGCUGUGGACCUUUCAGGAAUUAUCACUACACGUGGCAUGCCAUCAUCGAGGAAGUGCUGAAUUUGGGGAGGGAUAGCAGAUUGUGGACUGUUAUAUCGAAUUUUGCGAGACCUGGGGUGGGAGCUGCCAUCUUAAUUGUUAUGAUAAUGACAGUUUAUUGUUUACGUGCUAAAGCUCAAGCCAGUAGAGAAAUGGUGCAGAUACUCAGGGAAAUGCUAGUAUUACAAUCCAGAGAUAAAGACUUUUUACUGAAUGAAUUCUCGAAAGUAGCUGACGAAGAGUGGUUGAAAAGGAGGACAGCCAACGAAAAUCGUCGCAGCGUCGUGUCUCCUCGACAGUCCGCCAGUCUGAACCAGAAGGUCUCAAGUGACAAACGUGACUCCACGAACUUCGAGGCAUCUUCCCCGAAUUGUUCCAAGAAUUACGUGACAUUCGAUAACGAGUAUUGAAAUUGUGCAUGAGAAUUAUCAUGAAUUAUCGAUCUGCUGCAGAUCACUUGCUCACUCUAUGCUGUAUUUGUAUCACGAGUCUUCCAAUUAUGUAUGCCAAAGUAUUUGUAUUAUCGAAUAGACCAUAACCAGAGUUGAUUAAUAAGACGUAAUAAAAUCAUUUUCAUUGAAGAUGACUGUAAUCUCCAUACAAUUUCUAGAGAAUUUCAAUAAAAUUUUCUAGCGAA